UAAAACCAUAAUGUGUACAUACUCUUUGGUAACAGGGAUCGAUUGCAGCGACAAAACGGCACAUACAAGAACUAAAGUGUCAUACCCCUGCCUGGAACAUAUGCAGUAAACCAACCAAGAAAAUUGUGAAUCGAAUUAUUGUGAAUUUCGGUUAUAUGGCGAUUGGACGGUUCCUCCGCAGGAACUUUGUCAGCAUAACUUUUCCCACACUAGCUAUAACAUUCAUUUUGCUCGAUUUGAACCACACAAGGAAGUGGAAGGCAGCAGCGGCGGCACAGCAAAAGAAUUAAUAUGAUGAUAUUUGGAAUAACCACACGUUAUGUGUGGUUUGCUGUACCUAUGACGGGAUUCUUUAUUGGAAAAUAUCUUGAUGAUCAGGAAACACUCAGAAUGACUAACUUCAGAGACAAGUCAGCUCUGUAUGCAGGCAGGGUGAAAGAAGGAGAACCACCGUCAUGGCCAUGAAUUAUGUACAUACACAAGUAUUGAAUUAAAUUGGAUUUAGUUAAUUAAA